AUGCCUUCCCCACGACGGCUACGUCUGCUCGCCUUGGCGGCCAUUGCUACCGUCGUAUUCUUUCUAUUCUAUUCGUCCGGCGUCGACCCCAGCCAGGACUCGCACACGAUCCAAGACUUUUACCACAAAACCAUGGACGGAAUGAAGAAGGGAUCCCCGCCAGGGCAAGCUAUAAUAAACACCAAAACGGGGGAGAAGGCGGGCCAUAUUCCCGCAGACAAGGACGCCGACGGCGACGUUGACGAAGACGACAGGAAAAUCACCGCCGAAAUGCAGCUGCGCCUAAAACAGGCUGAGCAGGACGCCAAAGACAAGGCCAAUAUAAAGGGUGGGCUGAAGCCCGACAUCCCCAGUGAGAUUGUGGGCAAGGGCAAUUCAGCGGAGGGCCAGCCCAAGAAGGACAAGAAUGCGGCCGCCGACAAGGGCGUGUCAGGCAAUGCAGACAAGACGACAGACAAGACCAAGACCAAGACCAAGGAACCAAAGGAGGAGAGCGAGGCGGAAGCCGAGCUGAGUAGUAUUUUGAAAAAGGCACCAGUCGUCAUCUUCUCCAAAACGUACUGCCCCUUCUCCAAGACAGCCAAGGGCAUUCUCCUCGACAAAUACCACAUCGCCCCCGUACCAUUCGUAGUCGAACUCGAUAAGCACGCUCAAGGUGCGUCCCUGCAAGAUGUCCUGCUCGAAAAGACUGGUCGCAAGACGGUGCCCAACAUUCUCAUCAACGGCGUCAGCAUCGGCGGCGGCGACGACAUUGUUGAGCUCGACAAGCAGAACAAGCUGGCCGACAAGAUCAGGAUGCUCGGCAACAAGCGCGUCAAGGUGUCUGAGCGAUUUGCCCCAGACGAGAUCAAGAAGUAA